AUGUUCCGGCCUCAGAUCGCAACUACGCCAACCUUGGAUUGCUCCCUGUCGAUCCUCAGAAACUUAUCGUCCUCUGUUCAUGGUGGUCCAAAUGACAGAGAUUCUUAUGGAUUAUCGCUUGAGAAUGUAUUUCUAACGAACAGAGGUUAUGCGGUACUUCAGGUAAAUUAUCGUGGAAGCUAUGGCUUCGGCAAACGUUUUGCAAAGGCUGGCAAUGGUGAAUGGUCCAGAAAGAUGCACCUCGACAUAUUGGAUUCGGUCAAAUUUGUUGUGCCAAAGGGAUUGCAAAUAAAUCUCAGAUUGCGAUUAUGGGUA